CGAGUCCGGCGCCGGGAUCCCGCUCAUCGACCUCAACAAGCUCAACGGGCCGGAGCGCCGCACGGUGGUGGAGGCCAUCGGCAGGGCUUGCGAGUCCGGCGGCUUCUUCAUGCGAAACAGGGGGAUGACCACUCCGGGGAGCAUGGCGAGGGCCACCGGCCUGACCAUCAUGCUGAUUUCUGCCAGCAUCGGAAUGAACUCCGGCGCCGGCGGCGUCGUAGGCUUAAUCCUCAGCUUCAUGGGCAUUCUCGCCGGCGCUAACCUCAUCGCCGCCGGCGUCCGGAUGGCCAACGACCCAGCAGCUCGCAUGGGCCCCGCUGUCAGCGAUCUAGUGGCGCAGACGGGGCAAGUCCCAUUGAGCCACGUCAGGCCUGUCGGAGACCGCCCGGACCUCGCGAGCGUCGACAAAGAGUCCGGCGCCGGGAUCCCGCUCAUCGACCUCAACAAGCUCGACGGGCCGGAGCGCCGCACGGUGGUGGAGGCCAUCGGCAGGGCUUGCGAGUCCGGCGGCUUCUUCAUGCGAAACAGGGGGAUGACCACUCCGGGGAGCAUGGCGAGGGCCACCGGCCUGACCAUCAUGCUGAUUUCUGCCAGCAUCGGAAUGAACUCCGGCGCCGGCGGCGUCGUAGGCUUAAUCCUCAGCUUCAUGGGCAUUCUCGCCGGCGCUAACCUCAUCGCCGUCGGCGUCCGGAUGGCCAACGACCCAGCAGCUCGCAUGGGCCCCGCGGUCUUCGCCGGUGCAAGUGCUCUUGCAGCGUUCCUGCGCCGCCAUCUCCCUGUCGUGGGGCUCGUAAUUGCUUCCUGCGCCGUCGCCGCGGUCUCCGGCGGCGAUGCAGGCCCGGUGCUCUGCUUCGGCAUGUCUGCUCUGCUCGUGCUCGGGCUCUCCCUGACCACUAUCGGAAUUCUCGGCCAAUAGCUGCUUCAGUUCCUGCCUCCACUGUGCCGUCAGCCGUGUCCGUGUUAAGAAGCAAAGUACUAGUAUCGCUUGUUGUAUCUCUGCACCGUCAGCCGUGUCUGUGCCGUCAGCCGUGUCCGUGUGCUAGCUUGUUUGAGAAAGUCUGCCAUGAUGGCAGAUUCCGAAGGUGUAUUUGAGAUUCUGAAUAAAAAUGAAGUUGUGCUGCUGUAGUUUUCA